UAAAUACACCUCCAUUUCCAUUCCAUCCUUCCCCAACUCGACCAAGAAAGGAGGCUUCUCCCUCUCCGCCCUCUCCACCUCGCCGUGCUCCACCUCCUCCCCCUCGCCGUCGCUUCUCCCCUUCCCUUCCCCUCUCAAACAUCCCAAUCCGCAGCGCAGGAACUUGCGCCGACGUCUAUCCACCCAGCCGCGCUCCUCAUGCGCUGCAUCCUCCGCCGCAUGCCGCCGAGCCCCCCACGCCACCGCGGCCACGCCACGCCGUCCAUGCACGCCGCUCCGGCUUCCUGAUUCAUCCCGUGCCUCCGGGUCGCUCCUCCCGAAUUCCUCCUCGCCCACGCCAUGCCGCCGCUGCGUGGGGCCAAGCGCCGCCGGAAGGCGGCGUUGGAGAAGAAGGCGGCCGCGGCCGCAAUGGCGGCUGCCGCCGCGGGCGACGCGCCCAGCGACUGGUGGGACGCCUUCUGCAUGCGGAUGUCAGGAACCUUAUCUUCUGUCGAGGAUGCACAGAGAUUUGAGUCUGUGUUCAAAAUGCCAAGAAGAGCCUUUGACUAUGUCUGCAACUUGGUAAAAGAUGAAAUGAUGGUGAGGUCCAGCAGCUAUACCUUUCUUGACGGCACAAUGCUCUGUUUGGAAGAUCGAGUGGCCAUUGCUCUGCGGAGGCUGAACUCUGGUGGGUCACUGGUGACUGUAGGAUCCUCUGUUGGAGUGAACCACUCAACCGUGUCACUGAUAACUUGGAGGUUCAUUGAGGCUAUGGAGGAGCGAGCGAGCCACCACUUGCGCUGGCCAGACUCUAGUGAAAUGGAGAAAAUCAAGUCCAAGUUUCAGAAGAUCCAUGGUCUGCCAAACUGCUGCGGUGUUGUGGACACAACACACAUCACAAUGUGCCUUUCAUCAGCUGAGCCAAACUGCAAGGUCUGGCUCGAUCAGGAGAAGAAUUACAGCAUGGUAUUGCAAGCUGUUGUUGAUCUGGAUACGAGGUUCAUAGACAUUGUGACUGGUUGGCCUGGUAGCAUGAAAGAGUCGAGCAUUUUGCACAGCUCUGGCCUUUUCAAGCUCUGGGAGAAAGGUGAGCGGUUGAAUGGCAGCAAGUUUAAGGUAUCAGAUGGAUCAGAGAUCGGGGAAUACUUGAUUGGAGACUCGGGCUACCCCCUUCUUCCCUGGCUGCUUACACCUUACCAAGAGAAGGAGCUCACAGAGUCGAGUACUGAGUUCAACAGUAGGCACUCUGCUGCGCGAAUAGUCGCUCCAAGGACACUGGCCAAGUUCAAAGACACAUGGAAGUUCCUGCAGGGGGAGAUGUGGCGUCCGGACAAGCACAAGCUGCCCCGGAUAAUCCAUGUCUGCUGUUUGCUGCACAACAUAAUCAUAGACCUUCAGGAGGCAGCGGUGGACGAGGCACGAACGUGGUCGAGCGACCAUGACGCUAAGUACAGGCAGCAGGUAUGUCAGCUAGCCGAUGAGAAUGGAGUCAAGAUGAGGGACAAACUGUCCCAACACCUGAUCAGCAGGUGACCAAGAGGAAGAAAGCUUAUGGAAUGAUCAAGAAGAGUGCCAUUUUCAUCUGUUUCAGAAAGCUCUAAAUCCUUUUUGAUGUUCAGUUUUGCAGAGUUGUAACUGACGCAGGUGAGGGCAUCGGAUCAAACUUACUGUAACCGUCUUAAAACUAAAGCUGUUGCAAACUUGUCAAAUCGAUCUGGCUCCUUUGGUUUA